AUGGCGGCGGGGGUGGCUCCACCUGGACCCCCUCCCCAAGAUGGCGACGCGGGGCGGCCGGCCGCCGGAGCCUGGUUGUGGGGAGUGCGCUUGCGCGCCGGGGCCCUGAGUGCAGUGAAAUUCCGGGAGGGCGGGGGGAGGUAGCGAGUGAGCGGCAGACGCGGAGCGACGGGCUUAAGCCCCGGUUAGGGAGCUUGUGUGCUACGGCGGCGCCCGGCGCGGAGCCAGACCCCGCGGGGGCCCGGAGCGGGCGGCGUGAGGGGGACUCGCCGCCGCCGCCGGCCAGUUCGUUCGCCGCCGCCGCCUCCUCGCCGCCGCUCGGACUCCCUCCCCGGGCAGAGAGGGGGAGAAUGACGGAGCUCCAGUCCGCCCUGCUACUGCGGAGGCAACUAGCAGAGCUCAACAAAAAUCCAGUGGAAGGUUUUUCAGCAGGUUUAAUAGACGACAAUGAUCUUUACCGAUGGGAAGUCCUCAUUAUUGGUCCUCCAGAUACAUUGUAUGAAGGUGGCGUCUUCAAGGCUCAUCUCACUUUUCCAAAAGACUAUCCUCUCAGGCCGCCGAAAAUGAAGUUCAUCACAGAAAUCUGGCAUCCAAAUGUUGACAAGAAUGGUGAUGUCUGCAUUUCAAUUCUUCAUGAGCCUGGAGAAGACAAAUAUGGCUAUGAAAAACCUGAAGAACGCUGGCUUCCCAUCCACACAGUGGAAACUAUAAUGAUUAGUGUCAUUUCUAUGCUGGCAGAUCCCAAUGGUGACUCUCCUGCUAAUGUUGAUGCAGCGAAAGAAUGGAGAGAAGACAGAAAUGGAGAAUUCAAAAGGAAAGUUGCCCGCUGUGUAAGAAAAAGCCAAGAGACUGCUUUUGAGUGACACUUAUUCAGCAGCUAGUAGCUUCACUUUUUUUUCAGGGUCUCCAGUUGAGAAACAUGGCACUGUUUUUUCCUGCACUCUACCCACCUAUUGCUGGACUUCUGUUGUAACAUGUUGGCAAACACUGGCUGGAACUGGGCUGCAAUAAAACAUGCCAGUUAUCAAUGCUGACGAGCCUAACAAGUGCCAACAUAAAAAGAUGAUUACACAUUUUGAAAUCUAAUGAACUGCUUUAACCUUCAGGAAGAAUUGUAAAGAUGUGUACAUAGCACAACAUGAUCCGGAUAAUAUAUAUACUGUUCAUGUACAUCCACAAAUACACAUUGUACCAAAUAAUGCUGUCUUGUAGUUAGGAUAACAAUCGUGUACAUUCUAAAAGAUUUUAGCAAAUUUUCUUUCCCUCUUCAUUGUUUUUUCUUACCAGUUUUUUUAAAACAAAACCUCUUGAAGCAUGUCAAACUAAAACCGAUUAGGAUUAAAGAUUUUUCCAUUUUAUUUCUUUGAACAAUUGAGGCUUAAAUUUUUUCACUUAUUGAAGUUUAGUAUCUGUUGGG